AGCAAGAUGAAAAUGAAAUAGAUAAAAAAAUUGGUGGGAUGAUGAAGGGAUCAAACGAAACGGCGAAUUCAUUUUUAUUUGAUAAUUGCAAAUAAUGCAGUUCUUGCUCCAUCAAACGCGUUGUUUUAAUAAUUUAAAAUAAUUCUUCAUGCUUUUAUUUCUAUAAUCUUGCAGAAGAAAAUCAAGUUGCUUGUUUGCUGUCAGAUUGAAUACCUAUCACAAGUAUUUUUGAUGGUCAGCCAACCGGUGGUAACGCUGUGGAAAGUCUGAAUUAUGCUGAAAGUUAUAAUAAAACAAAGUUGAUUGCGGAUGAAUAGUGGAAGCAAUGGCAAAGCGUAAGAAGGCUGCAGUGAAUCCAGCUGCAUCGCGGCGGACAAGUCGCCGUAAUAAGCAGCCAACCGAUGAUAGCGCCUCCGCGUCCACGGCCAGCGAAUCCCCCGCCUCCGAACUACCACCGACAGACUCGUCUCAACCACUUCAAAAUACAACUUCUUUAGAACCAACAACUUCCAAUCCUGAUAUUACACAAAUAGAUCCACAGUCAAGUUCAAAUGCCACAAAAUCUCUUCAAACACCAAUAGUGGCCUUACAUAAGAAAUUCGGCAAAUAUCGCCUGUUUAAUAGUGAUGAAACACUGACUAAAAAAUAUGAGGUUGGCAGUGACAGUGAAACCAACAGCAGUCUUGAAGUAAGGGUUGUUGACCCCUGUGCCAGCUCAGAGUCCGACUCCAAUGCUGCAGAGAGUCAGUCAGAUACAAAUAGCAGAGCUUGCAUUAGUCCUAUGAUUAGUUCUAUAAGUUUAACCCAAAGUCAAUGCAGUUCAAGAGAUAUUUCACCUGUACCAGUGAUGCCUAAAAGUCCACAGGUUGUUCCUUUAAUUGAAACUGUGGAGUCUGAUGACAAAAUGUGUUUAGACACAAUAACUUCCUUUGUGCCUAUUCCACCAGACUUGGGUAUGACACCAUCCACUGAUCCAAUAAUUAGUGAAAAUUGUGAAGAGAUUCCUAUUCCUGUUAGUGAAAAUAAUCCUCCUGAGGAUAUGAAUCAAUCUGAACAAGUUGAAUAUGGUGGGGAUGACGAUGAAGUCAUUACCAUAGUGCAAAUAGUAGAAGAUGACAACCCUGAGUUAUAUUACAGAAUUAAUAUUGACAGUCCAAAAGAACAGACAAGUCAUCAAACAGAUAAUUAUGUUAACGAGAAACAUGAUGAAUAUGUGCAAAAACAUUUUGAGAAACUCAAUAUUGUCUCAUCAGAAGAAUCUAUGGUUUCCCCCAUGCAAUAUUGUGAAUCUCUUUGCACUCCACCUGUUUGUAUCACUCCAGACCUACAGUUCCCUAAAGAGAACAUAAAUGAACAUUUAGUAAGACCUGAUCCUAGUUUAACACCGAGUUCUACACUAUCAGAUGACAGUAACUCUUCAAGAAUAACUGAAGUGAAUCAGAAUAAUUCCAAUGAUUCUGCAGAAUCAUCACCAACUGGAGUGAGGAGAUCUAGUCGUAUUAAAACUAUAAGCAAUUUGAAACAAAAGACCAAAGGCUAUGGUCUGGUGAAGACACCAUUAAAGAAAGCUUUGAUAACACAGACAAAGCUAAAACUGGAGGAGAUUGGUUCAGAUAGUCAAGAUAAGUCUUCUGAUACUACUUUGAGUAAUGCCCCGGUUUCACCAUCUUUUCCUGUACCUUCAGAUAUGCCUGUGAAGGUCAAGUCACGGUGGAGAAGGUCUAGUGAGCUAGAGAUGGGUGCAGGUUCACCGGCUAAUUCUCCAUUGGCUAGUCCAAGUUUGCCACAGCGUUUACCAACCGUAGCUGAAUCUCAGAAUCUUGAAGAGGAGCAAACUUUUCCUAUAAGCAAAGAGGCUUAUGAUAGAAUAAUUGAUGAGAGGAUGAAACAAUAUGAACAUUUAGAAGAGAAUGACUAUUUAUGUGAACGUAUGAUAAGCAAAGAGACUAAGAAGAUGAUCUGUGACUGCUUUAUGACCAAAGAGGAAUUGGAGCGGGGUGAAUUAGCUUGCGGAGAUGACUGUCUUAAUAGACUGCUUAUGAUUGAAUGUAACUCACGUUGUCCUGUGGGCGACAGAUGUACAAAUAGGAGGUUCCAAAAGAGAGAGAAUGCCGCCUUGAAAGUAUUCUACGCUGAUAAGAAAGGAUGCGGUGUAGAAGCAGAAUUGGAUAUACCAUCGGGCGAAUUUCUAAUGGAAUACGUUGGCGAGGUGCUAGACUACGAUCAGUUCUACAAACGGGCCCAGGCUUACUCCGACGAGAACAAUCUUCACCAUUACUUCAUGUCCCUAAAAGGGGACACAGUAAUCGAUGCGACGACAAAAGGGAACAUAUCGAGGUUCAUCAACCACUCGUGCGAUCCUAACGCCGAGACGCAGAAGUGGACUGUCAACGGAGAGUUGAGGAUCGGAUUCUUCAGCAAACGGGAUAUUGUUGCCGGAGAGGAGAUUACGUUUGAUUACCAGUUCCAAAGAUUUGGAAAGGUGGCGCAGCGCUGCUACUGCGGCGCGCACAACUGCCGCGGCUGGAUCGGCGCCGAGCCGGACUCCGACGACGAGUAUGAUGAGGAAGAUGAAGAUGUUUCGACAUCGAAGAGUGGCGCCGACGAGUCGUCAGCGGCAGAAUCGGGAGACGCGAAACUCCAAGAAACCCCGCGACCCAGGAGACCCAAGCGGGAACGCAAGUACAAGCCCAAGACUGACCUGGUGCAAGAUGCUGAUAUCGAAGAAGAACUGGAGCUUCUUGGUCGAACUGGUGUCAAGAAUCAAAGCCACACCCUUCGUUUAUCGCGAACUGUGGUCAGAGCGAAGAGUCGGAAAGCUCAAGUGGCUUUACUGCGGCUACUACGCGACGCCGACCUGCCUUGCCGAAGAUUGUUCUUGGACUAUCGCGGAUUGCGGUUAUUGGCUCCUUGGUGUAAUGAUGCACCACUUGACUUUAGGCUAGAGAUGCUGCAGACAGUGGACCGGCUCCCCAUCACCAACAAGACGAUGGUGCAGGAGAGCCGCUUCUUCACCAUCGUGGAGCGGUGGCUGAGCGCUGCGGACCAACAGGAACACGGGUUCAUUGACGAGGCUACAGGUCUUCCAGUUGAUCUACCAAACAGUGGUAAUCAAGAGACGGCCUCACCUGAUAAGAAAGACGUUGCGGCGAUGAAUGACAAACUGAAGAAUUAUUGCAAUCAGUUAUUGGAAAGAUGGGCCAGUUUGAAGGAAGUGUUCAAAAUUCCAAAGAAAGAGCGUAUACAGCAAAUGAAGGAGCACGAGAGGCAGGCGAACGUGGAGCGGAGAGCGGCGGAUUCUACCGAGGUGCGGGACAAGGACCGCGGCCGGGACAGGGACCGCCGCGACGAGCGGGACAGAGACAGGGACGAGAAGCGCGAGCGGGACAGAGACAGGGACAGGGACAGAGACAGGGAUAGGUAUAGGGAGCGCGAGCGUGACAAGGAGCGCGAUAGAGACGACAGGGACAGGAGGAAGCGCAGGAGCAGUCCGGAGGGCAGGCGGAGUAUAAGACUGAACGAGCGCGUGCUAGCAUCAGUUCCGCCGAUGAGCAAGGAGGAGCGGCGGCGCGCGUUCGCGGAGGCGGCGGCGGCGGCCGAGCGCGAGCGGCGGCGCCCGCGCGAGCCCUGGCAGCCGCCGCAGUACUGGCCGCACGACGCCUACCAGCAAAUGUUCCCGGGCGGCGUGGGCGGCGUGGGCGCGCCGGCCGACUGGCGCGAGCUGCCGUACUGCGCGCCCUACGCGCCGCCCUACUGCGUGCCGCACCACAACAUGAUGGGUAUGAGCGGUUUCGGCAUGCCAGGGUUCAUGUUUGGACAACAAAUGCCCGGAUUCCCGCCCACGCAGCCGCCCGUGCCUGAUGCCAUGCAGGUUCCCGGGGGUUUACCGAUCGGACAGACUCCAGACAUGGCGGGCAUGAUACCCAACAUGUCGAACAUGCCCAACAUGGCCAAUAUGCCCAACAUGGCCAAUAUGCCCAACAUGGCCAACAUGCCGCACAUGGCCAGUAUGCCGACCAUGGCCAACAUGCCCUCAAUGCCCGGCAUGCCAGGCCAGACCAUGCCCACGGCUCUACCGCAGCCGGCGGACAGUAAAGCGGAGCCGCUGUUGCCGUCAAUGUGGCGCAGCGCGCUGGACGGCGGCGGGCGGCGGUACUACUACCACGUGAAGCUGCGCCAGCCGCAGUGGGCGCCGCCCACCCCGCCGCCCCCGCCCAGUCCAGAUGACAGUUCAGAGGAGGAGGAAGAGGAACAGCAGGUGAACCCGGUCGACGCGGCGGUGAUGAACCGGAAGGGCAAGAUGGUUGAAGGAGUCAACGGAAUCUAUGAAGUGAUCAAAGAAGACACCCACAACGGGCUGAUACCGGACCACGCGCUGGUGAGCGUCAAGCCCAGGAAACGGCGGCCCGGACUCGUCUCUGAAAGACCUAUCAGUCCACGAACGGAGGAGGACAAAUUGGCGGGAAGACUGGAAGUAAAGCGGUACAAGCAGACUAAGGAGAAGUUGCGGCGGCGGCGGGAGCGGCUCCUGCACAAGAUGAGAUUGGCUGCUAGCAAGCACGAGAACGACCUCAAGCUGGUCGACCUGGUGGACUCUGACAGUGAUUCCGAAGACGAUUCCGACGACGACAAACCAAGAAUGGUGGAAAAAUCCCCGGAUAUUACUACGAGUCCGGUUGUAGCCGCGCCUGCGCCUGCGCCCGCGCUGACCGCAGCAGAGCUGGAGGAGCUGUCCCGCCGGAAGAAGGAGCAGUUCCGCAGCAGCAUGGCGCGCGUCAUGGUGGCGCACCUCAACCCCUACCGCCACGCGGACGCGCCCGCCGGCCGGAUCACGAGCACGGCGGACUUCAAGCAUUUAGCUAGGAAGCUAACCCACUUCGUGAUGCUGAAAGAACUGAAGCACUGUCAGUCUGUAGAAGAACUAGUUGUCACUGACUCAGUCCGGUCGAAAGCCAAGAUGUUCGUCAAGAAAUACAUGGCCAAAUUUGGACCUGUCUACAAGAGGCCUCCAGAGGAAGCCGAUUAGCAUGAAAUGAGGCACCUUUCCCCACCAAAAUGACAUUUAGUGAAGUGAUUUUAGGCGGUUUUAGUGAAAGUGAAAAACCUGUGAAAUUUGCAGCCAUUUAAGUCUUCAAAUACCACCUUGAAGCAAGAUGCUUUGUCUCUGUCUGAUCAAAAAGUAGUGGCUAGGCUAGUGGACAAUAACGUCUUAAAAGGAGAAGUAUACUAGUAAGACCUCUAGACUUUCCAAAACCUGGGUGUAAAAUCAUUAACUGUUGGGUUAACAAGUGGGGUAGAAAAUAAUUUUAGUCCCGGAAAAUAUCAAAAGUUACUACUAGUUAUGUAAUUUGACACUAAAAUCCCACCAAUGAGGCGUGGGUGUGGGUACUUGUGACAGAAUAAGUGCGAAUGUGCAGUGAUAAAAUUAUUUGCAGUCAACAGAUGUAGGUUACAUACUAAAUGUCUGCAAAGGAUUGAAUCAUUCAAAUUGGUCAAAUUUGAUGAUGAUUAAGUAGAAUCUGUCGGUCUUGAACAUCAUGUUUCGCUUGUUCAUUCUAGUGUUUCGUCAGUGAACUGAAAUUGGAGAUAUAUAUUUUCAUAGGUUUUGAAGUGUUUGAGAUAUGGAUCGGCGAAUGUUUCAGUAAGAAGUUUUAGAAUGCGGUGAUCUUAAAAAAAAUUUUUUUUCCUCCUAAUAAACGGUAUAACUGUGUUCGUUUUUUCAUGAAAUAUUUAUAUUUUAAAUAUUAAUUAAUUCCUGAAGAAACUAUAAUGUUUAAAUUUUUUUAGAACAACUUCACAUUAUGAUGGAUAUAUUUUAUUGAAAAACAUUGAUAUAUAAAUGUAAUGGUCAGAUUUUCAAUGAACAUUAAAACAUUUUAAGUUAUAAAACCCAUUUGUAAAUAUUAGAGAAUAAGUAAAGUAUUACUAAGUUUAGUUAAGAUGUCCCUCAUUUAGUUUUAAUGCAUUGUAUAAUAGCUUUUUGAAUUGAUUAAGGUAUAUUUCAAAAUUGUGUUGAUUCCAAGUGAAUAUAAACAAUUUAUGUAUGAUCUCUGGGCUUGACUGGGGGUUAAGAGAAGAUUAACUGGCCAGGUGUAUUUUUUUUAAAGAAAGUUACUACCAUUUUUCCUUUUCUUUUGUAUCGAUGUUAUUCGUUUACAUAAUGAACAUUUAUAUUAGAAUAUAAAUUAAUUUACUACACACAGUUUAAAAUCUUAUUAAAUACAUUGGAUUUCAAUAUUUUUCAGUGAGUUCUGCCGUAUAAUACUUUCAUCAAUCUCACCAUCUCUCGCCUUGUUUUUUUUGCAAUGUUUUAACAAUAAGUACCUAUAUAUAUUUAAUAUGCCUGGCCAUUAUUCUUCAAUGUGUAAGGAAAGAGGUUAGCUCGAAUAUGGACUACAACGUUUUGAAGUACACAGUAUUAUUAUAGUUGCAAAUUUAUCUAGGUUUUUUUUUCAAAAGAUAAAGAUGACAUUAUGAUUUUAUUUCUGAAUAUUAAGAAAAUAUUAGGUUUUUUUUUAUUAAAUGCUAUACUUACCGAAAUUAUUUUUGCAAACUACAAAAAUCAAUGUACAAAAGCUUUUUUUAUAUUAUUAGUUCAUAUUAAUGAAUUUCAAACAGAUUAUGAUCUAAAAUUUAACAUAAACGUUUGACGUUGAAUUGGUCACGGAUGAUUCCAGGAAAAAUUUUAUAUGGUUCUAGUGAUUCAUAUACAUAAUCAUUUAUUUGAAUAUUUUAUUAUGAAUGUAGUGAUGUUUGUGGCAAUGUUGCAUCAAUACAUAAUAUGCAAUAUGAAUCAGCCUGAUUGGCAGCCACUGUGUGGCAUGAACUUAGUGUAAGCUAUUAGUAUUGUAAACAAUGACUUACUAUUUAGUAGCAAAGACUUCACUGAUUGAAUAUAAGCGAGUACUGACAUUAUUUAUAUGUUAAUUGGCAAUUGUAUGAACUAUUAGGUAAGCCUAAAUUGCUGGUGUAUAAGGUGUUGUGAAAAGCGUGCUGAAGAAAGUUACCGUAAUGACAGCUUGGUAGACGAAAAUUAUUAUUUAAAUCUUUAGUUUAUAGCCAAAUACAAGAGAAGUUUAGGGUAUUUAUGAUUCCUAGUAAACUGUUGACUUAAUUUGCUUAAUUACCUUAUAUUUGAUAUAGCUUGCGCCACUCUUAUGAAUAAAGUAUACGAUAGAUUAAUAGAAAUGCGAUUAUACUGGAAUGUAGCCUGUAUGCUUGCGUUUCUAAAUUGUAAUUGUGUGUUGUAAUGUCUAGUUGGAUCAAUGUAGACAUAAUUAGAAACCAUUGCACAAGACAUUUUCAUACACCAAAGCACCAUGUUAUCGGUGAAUACAAAGCCGACAUAAAAAUUGGCCUCAUUCAUAUGAUAUUUUUAUUUAGAAAAAUCAAUGAUUUUAGAUUGUUGGUUGUCAAAUAAUUGUUUUUUUUGUGGACCUGGAACUAUAGUCUAAUUGUUAUAAAAACCUUUUCUGGACACCUAUACAUCAGGAACUUACGUGAAAGUUGAACCAGUCCAUAGACUGAAAGAGUUUUAACUGUAAAUUUUGUAUAUAAGGCGUGUGAGACGCAGAUCUAUUCGCGUUGUUAGAGAGGAUAUGUUUAUUUUGAAGCGAGAGCCCGCGAUGUGAGAGUUUGAAGCCGAUGGAACAAAUAAAACGUUAUUUCUUUUAAA